AGCCAUGAAAACCCACAAGGUUCAUAGCCAAAAAUGUCAUGCGAUUGCAACGCCUGGGUAUUACCCAUAUCCUGAAUGCAGCGGAGGGCAAGUCUUUCAUGCACGUGAACACAAAUGCUGAAUUUUAUGAAGGAACUGGCAUCACCUACCAUGGUAUCAAGGCCAACGACACUCAGGAGUUCAACCUUAGCCGCUACUUUGAGGAAGCUGCUGAUUUCAUUGAAAAGGCAUUAGCACAGAAAGAUGGCCGGGUAUUUGUCCACUGUCGCGAAGGAUAUAGCCGGUCACCAACACUGGUCAUCGCUUAUCUCAUGCUUCGGCAGAACAUGGAUGUUAAGACCGCCGUCAGUGCUGUCCGGCAGAAGCGGGAGAUCGGUCCCAAUGAUGGUUUCUUGAGGCAGCUGUGUCAGCUCAAUGAGAGAUUGGUGAAGGAAGGAAAGUUGAAAAAACCAUAGCAAGGGCCCGGCUCUGGUGCCACUCUGUAUGCCUUCCCUGGAACUCUUCCGUUAGUGGUUUUUCAUUUGACAGCUCCAGCUGCAAGGCCAUGAAGGGGAGGCAGGAGAAACCAUCAUGUUUCUUCUGCUUUGGGCAGAGAGGCAGGGGAGCUGUAUUUUUUUUAAUACACACCAGGGAAUUCUUGCAAUAUUGAGACACCGCUAAUGGAGUACUCCCACCUCCUACAGCCAGGCUAUGGCUUGUUUCCUGUCUUUACUUUGGAUUUUGCGCAAUAUAUAUAUAUUGUGUGUGUGGUUUUGUUUGUUUGGACACACUUUGCAACACAACUGUGAAUGCCUUUUUUAAAAAAACAAAACACCCACACCCUAAGUUUCACUCUAGUGCAGGUGGUCUGCAUUUUUACCCAGUUGUUUACUGUGUCCUGAGCAGCCUUCUGACUGGCUCCUUCUCCCUUUGAAAUUUAAAAUGAGAAAAUUUUUAACAUAUUAAGAGCCAAGGGCUAUCCCCCUACCUGGCUACCAAUAUGUGCCAAACAUGAUGGCUUGAGAGAAUGAUGGUUAGGCCCAUAUGAUCCAUGCAUAGUGUCCAUCUGAGUUCUUCACUGGGAUACUCCUAGUUGCCAAAAGGCUCUGGAGAUGUGGCACUCCAGAACCGUAGACUUCGGACAAGCAAGUCAAUUGGACCUUGGCAUCUGACUAUCAUUCUGCUGGCGCAUCACUUGUGGAUUAAACUCCAUUAAUGCAUGCUCCUGAGAGGUUUUCAGAGCAGAUAGUACUAAUCAGUUUGUGCAUUGCUUCUCCACCUAGCCUUCAGUGUGUGCUACUGUUUGUAGAAUUAUGUUUUUGCAAUUGGAAGGUCCUUUAUAGUUUAUCUAACCUGGUCCCCUGCUCCUUGGAGGAAUGUGCAAUAACCACAUCCCCUGAUAGAGGGAUGUGUAGCCCCUGUUUAUAUUCCUAUAGAGAAAGAUACAUCAGUCCUUUCCUGUUCCACAGUCAAACAGCUCAGAUAUUCUUUCUAAUUUUAGCCAAAUCCCCCUUUCCUGACAUUUCCACUUAUUAGUUCCAGCCCUGCCUCUCCAGAGCAACAGAAAACUGUAUCAUUGUCUUCCUGAUAGCUCUUCAGAUUUUUGAAGACAACUAUCAGUUCUCUUAAUCGGGGUAACUUUGUCAUUUUGACUGUAGUAGCCAAAUGACAACUUGGCUACCAAACUAAAUAGCACAGCUAUCAAAACCAAUCCCUCUUUCCAAAACAGUUUUUUUCUAAAGCGUACCUCUCUGCCAUUACCAGUGACCUUUGUCCUUAAUCUGGUAGUUGUACUGGUGAUAUUCUCAUUCUUGAGGCAAUGAUUCUGUAGUUGUGUUUCCUGUAUUGGAACAAAAGAUGCCCCGCAGGGUGUGAUCCCCUGAGCAAUAGGUGAACUGCUGUGGAGAGAGCAGGGCAUCAGAUCUGGGGAGGGACCCCAGGACGUAACCAUUGCAGAGCUGCCACUUAUCUAUUUUU